CUGAGCACAGAGAUCUUCAAAACUAUGCCGACCGGAGGUAAGGACGAUAAUCAAGGAGGCAUUGACAAAGAUGCCGCCAUUGCUAAGACUGCUGGGUUCGUAGUCUUCUCAGGAAUCGCCAUGAGCCUUCUCAAAACCCUCAUUGCAUUCGACAACAAUAAAAACAAAACCACCAAUGGUUGCAGCAUCAAGUCUUGCAGCGGAUCAACCCCGCCGCUUCAAGAAUCAAAAUCUCCUCCUCUGGAAAAACUUAUCAAGCCCACAACAACCCUAGAACGGCCGCCAGCAUCGUUGGCUCGGACAGUAGAGAUUGUUAAGGGAGACACUUUGUGGGGUCUCUCCAGGAAAUACGGAGUAUCGAUUGAUGCAAUCAAAGAGGCUAAUGGGCUCACAGGGAACACUAUCUAUGCUGGGAAGAAGCUCGUCAUUCCAUGAUGUUGU